AUGCUGCCCCGAGAAUUCCUCUCCCUGCUCGCGCUGCUCUGUGUUUCCAGGGUUUCUGGCUCUGCCCUGGAUGAAGAUGAUGACUACGAGCUCAUGUACGUGAACCUGGAUAAUGAAAUCGAAGGUCCGGCCCCUGCGGCUGAGGAAGCUGCUUCGUGCGACUGCCAGCGGGAGCACAGCAAGUGGGACAAGCUGUUCAUCAUGCUGGAGAACUCGCAGAUGAAGGAGAACAUGAUGCUGCAGGCUCUGGAUGAGCUCCCCAGGCUGGAGCUGCAGAGCCUGAAGGCAGAGCUGAGCCAGCUCGCCACCACCCUGGCAGGCACCUUCACCACUGUCACCUCCCAGGUGCUGUCCCAGGUGGAGCAGGUGCUGGUGAGGAGCAGGGAGCAGGCUGAGGAAGCCAGGAGGCUGCAGGAGUGGGAGCAAGGGAAGGUUCUGGAGCACAUCCUGCAGCUGAGCCACAACGUGUCCGUGAGGCUGGGCUGGCUGGAGAGCGCCUGGCGCAGCGGGGCCGAGCAGCAGGAGCAGGAAACUGCUCUGCAGGAUAACCUGGGAGCCAGCAGAGGGGACAGUCUCAUCCUGAACUCGGUGUGGAAGGAGCUGCAGCAGACCCGGGCUGAGCUGAGGGUGUCACAGCAAUGGGCAGCUCAGCACCUGCUGCCAGCAGGCUGUGAAACCGCAAUUCUGUUCCCCAUGCGCUCGAGGAAGAUCUUCGGGAGUGUCCACCCGACCUCUGGAAUGACCCUGAGCUCCUUCACUGCCUGCAUCUGGCUCAAGGUGACCGAGGCCUUGGACAAAACCAUCGUCUUCUCCUACGGAACCAAAUUCAACCCCUACGAAAUCCAGCUGUACCUGAGCCGGGACUCGGCCGUGCUCGCUGUUGGGGGUGCCCAGCACAAGCUAGCUGCCAGAAAUGUGGUCAUUCCUGGGAAGUGGCUCCACCUGUGUGGCACCUGGAGCUCAGAGAACGGAUCUGCAUCCCUGUGGGCACAGGGCAAGCUCGCAGCCAGCGCCUGGGACGUGGCUGGGGCUCACACCGUCCCCGACGGGGGCAUCCUGCAGCUCGGGCAGGAGAAGAACGGCUGCUGCGUGGGAGGGGGGUUUGAUGAAGCUCUGGCUUUCUCAGGGAAGCUGACUGGCUUUAACCUGUGGGACCGAGUGCUCAGCCCCGCCGAGGUGACGGCUCAGAGCGUGGGGGACACCUGUGGCACCCGGGGCAACGUGGUGGGCUGGGGGGUCACAGAGGUGCUGCCCUACGGAGGAGCCCAGUACGUGUCCUAA